AUCCCAAGCUGAGUUGGUGCAAUUCCCUAUCUCUCUCUGUGCGUAAUAAGUAGUCGAAUUUCAUCCCCAACGAAUAGAGGGAGGGAGGCUUCAAUUCUGGAGAGGCAAUGGGAUUCGGACUUCAACACGUCGGCAGUUGACGAUUCGAUCGGGUGCAAACUAAGUAAGGGGGCAGAGGGCAAACGACGUCGGCAACUUUCGAAUGCUUGACCACCAAAGACGGGCAGACACAUAGCAGAUUCCCACCGUAUCGACACGAGCGGAAUGGUGAAGAUGAGAUACUAUAAUUCUUCUCCAGAAAAGUAACGUCGAGGUCGUCUCUUGAGAAAACAGCUGCCACGAUGAGUCUGGCAUCCCAGAUUCUCACGCAGCUCCAGCCUCAUCACAUCCCACCACCCUCUCAAGAAUGGCUGCAGACGCUCGUCUCCUCGCGGAACCCACCACCGCCUCUCAACUCACUGGUCAUGACCGCCAAGACGCGUCUUCUCGCGUCAGAUCUGACCACGCCAGGCCUGCUGGACGCAGCCAAGAUCCCCACAAUCUGUCUUCCCGAGGGUGUCGCCGCACCAACCGUCAAGGAGACCCGCCUCGGUACCGAUGUUUACGUCCAGGUCGUCGACAUUGAAAACCUGUCAAAGAGCCGGUGGGACCAGGUCGAGGCACUGGAAGCUAUUGAGAGGGGGGAACAGACACGAGGGCGUGAAGUGAUUCGCCUCCCUGUUGGUGGUUCAGAGGGAGACGAGCUGGCCGCCAGGAGGGAGGGCGGGACAACCACCCAGGCCGACAAUGCAGGGGCGUCGAGGAACGUUACGCAUCGACUGCUACUUCAGGACUGCAGGAGGCAGCAAGUCUACGGUCUCGAGCUUGUCCGGCUGCCAGAGAUUACCAUUGGUUCCCUCAAUAUAGGAUCCAAGAUUUUGCUCAAAAAAGGCACCAUCGUGUCUAGAGGAGUCAUCAUGUUGGAGCCCAGCAGCUGCCAGUUUCUGGGCGGAAAAGUCGAUGCAUGGCACAAGGCGUGGACGAGUGGGCUUCUCGCCAGGCUUAGGGAAGCGGCUCGUGCUGGAGACUGAAAGCUCGAGAUAGUCUGGGCGCGAUUAGAAAAUCGAAAUUACGUUCAUCUUCGAGCUCAUCAGGAGCCAAGCUUGACCCACAUCGCCCUGGAACGUAGUACAUAUUUUAACCCUUGGACUCUC